UUGAUAAAGUUUUGAUAAAGGGUCAAAUAACAUUUUAUUUUAUCCUUAAGAUCUUUUAAGUUGGUGCGUUUUGGAAUUAUUAUUUUCUUUCAAUUAGUCAAUUAUGAAACCCAUCGUGGAAUAUGAAGUUGCAACUACGGUAGAUCCCACUCCAUUAAACCUUUUGACAAAUGGUCCAGAUUACGAAAAAUACCAUUCGACAUGGUUGAAUGACAAAUGGUUACCUUUCUUGGGGUUUUUUGUAGGUAGUGGUGCAGUAUGGUAUCAAGAUGUAAUGGCUAGAAAACCAAUAUAUGCUGGAUUACACGUCAAAUUGGGUGCUGGUAUUGUAGGUGCUGGAAUACUUUAUUAUGUAAACAAAUAUAGAGAUACUUAUCUAGCCGACAAGGAUGCUAUGUAUAGGCAUUAUGUUCAAUUACACCCUGAAGAUUUUCCACCACCUGAACGCAAGAAGGUUGGUGAAAUGUUCAAAGAAUGGGUCCCUGUUCGUUAAUUUUUAAAUAUUUACAAAUUUAGAAUUGGUUUUUCAGAUAAUGAAUUAAAAUGUUGUUGUUUAAGUUAAGUAUUUCAAUUGUAAAAAAAGUGUAAUUGUAGAUUAUUUUUUUAUACAGUUUAAACAGCUGUACAAAUAUAACAUCAAUAGAAACUUUUA